AUGAAUCGGUUUGAAAUUAGUAACCAAGCAAUGGGAAGACGGAAGAUUGAUAUAAAGAAAAUCGCCGACGAAAAAACUCUUCUUGUAACAUUCGCAAAAAGGAAAAGGGGUCUUUAUAACAAGGCAUUUGAGCUGGGGGAGUUGUGCGAUUGUGAAAUAGCGGUUAUCAUUUUCACGAAUAAAGAUUGCAUGCACACGUAUUCCAAUCAUAAUCUGGAAAGUACUGUUAACAAAUACAGAAGUCGACAGGAUCGGAAUAGCCACAUGUCCAAGGAAGAUGUGAUCAAGUUGCGGGAGAAGAAAUUGGCAAAUACCGGUACCAUUAAUGACAAUGACGCAUCAAGUGGCAUGCUUCCCUCUUUCCUCGAUAAAAUUGACCCCAAUUCUUCGAGAGCUGCUACUACGAAUUCAUCUAAUUUAUUCGAUGAUCAGGGUAUAUCAAACCGUAAUAUAUCGGAACAUUUUCAUAAUGGCGGUGAUAAUUUUUCGGUGAGUUAA